UCCCAAAGGGCGCGUCAGCAGAACAAAAAUCGCCCUCGUCCCAGUGAAUGAUUUUCACACCAGCAAAUUCAAGGCAAUCGCCCCACAAAGUUUCGCGAAGUCAAAAAUCCCUCUUUUUCAACGCUUUAAAAAGUGCAAAUUGUGUUACUAAAUGUGGCUGUAGCCACUUCCUGUUUCCGUGUUUCGUGUCCAAAGUCGCCGCCGGCGGAACAUUUCGCCAGAAUGAAAUUGUGCCCAGAAUGGAAGAAGGGAUUUUGCGGUAGCAAAAAAGGUAGCAAGUGUCACUUGCUGCUGCUGUGGAGGGGAGCAGCGCUCGGCCUACUACUGCUGCUGGCGGUAAUUGCGGUUGGUCAAGUGGACGGGGCGACGGCGGCCAACACUGAUCCGUACAAGAUUUUGGGCAUCCAGAAGCAUGCCACCCUGCAGGACAUCCGGAAGGCCUACAAACAGCUGGCCAAAGAAUGGCACCCGGACAAAUCGGACCAUCCGGAAGCGGAAACAAAGUUUGUGGAGAUUAAGCAGGCCUACGAGCUGCUGUCGGACACGGAACGACGCAAGGCGUACGAUCUGUACGGAAUAACCAACGAGGAUGCUCACCUGUACAAAGAACGUCCGGACUACAGCAGCUACGGAAGGUUCCCGGACCCGUUCGAGCAGUUUUUUGGCCACAACUUUAACUUCCACGAUCAGGACAUUAGCCUGUUCCACAAGCUGUCCAUCACGUCCAAAUAUUACGAAACAAACAUCGUCCCGAAGAGUCGUCACACGCCACAAAUCUUGAUGUUCUACUCGGAUUGGUGUUUCUCCUGCAUGAAGGCGGCCAACUCGUUCAAGAAAAUGAUCGAUACACUGGAACCGUUUGGCGUGACCUUCGCCACGAUAAACGCCGGCCACGAAAACCAGCUUGUUCGGAAGGUGGGCGUGCAUUCACUGCCGUGCGUAAUCAUGGUCCUCGACGAACACAACUACGUGUACAAGGAAAGCGUCUACAAUACGCAGCGCGUCGUCGAGUUCAUCCGUCAAAAGCUGCCCUACAAGCUGCUGCCCAACAUCGACGACAGCUCGGUGGACUCGUUCCUGAACGGCUGGUCCGACAAUCGCGUGCGCGCCAUCGUAAUGGAACGCACCCAACCCCGCCUGCGCUACCUUAUCACUGCCUUCCACUUCCGCGAACGUGUCGCCUUCGGCUUCGUCCAGCUCAACUCGCAGAAAACGCAACGCAUCCAAGAGCGGUACAAAAUUCACCCCUCGCUCGACACCCUGCUCAUCUUCAACGAAGAACCCAGCCGGCCCGUGGCGUCGAUCUCAAUGUCGGACAUUCCAACCGCCACCCUCAACAACAUCAUCUCCGUCAACAAGUACCUCGCCCUGCCCCGGCUCUCCUCCCAGUCCAUGCUGGAAGGCGUCUGUCCUGCGGAAUGGAAUCGACCCCGCAAGCGCCUCUGCGUCGUCCUCGUGACGGAAAACAUCCCGACGCACGACGAGGCCCGCCACGCGAUGCGCCGAAUCGCGCUCGAGUCAAACUACAGCCCGGAACGGGUCCGGUUCGCGUACAUCUACCAGGAAAAGCAGGCUGAAUUCAUCGACGCCCUGGCCGAGCACAGCAAGCUGGACGAAACGGUGCUGAAGGUGGUCAUCAUCUGGCGCCGGGACACGAAGCACGUCAAGUACGAGUGGGUUCACGGUGCGACACUCGAGCGGUUGGACAAGAGCGUGGAGAACGAAACGCACGAGAUUAACUAUAACAACACGAAGCAGAAGGUGGACGGAGCGAUCCAGCGGCUGUUGCGCUCGUCAGAGGCGUUGACGUACGAGGCUGAAGUGAAGGACCUCCUGGACGAGCACGCCCAGGGCUUGGUGGUGCGCAUCUUGAACAAGUUCCUGAUGGCGUUCGAGUACAUGACGGACAACCUGGGCCAGGAGCACAUCCUGCCGGCGCUGUCCGUCGUCGGUACGAUCGCGUUCAUCCUCGGGGCCGGCUACCUCAUGUCCUACCUGGUACGCAUCGAGGAGGAAAACAUCCAGAAGAAGCAGAGCAAAAACCCGGACGAUCGAAAUGGUAAAACCAUGAACUACGUUCCGGAGUUGCGCCUGCACGAGCUUCGCGCCGAAAAGUACAACGGGCUGGUGCGUCUACUGAAGCCGGGUUGCCGCACCAUCGUCCUGCUAACCGAUCUGCAAUCCCGGAACAAACUCAUUCCGGCCUUCCACAAGGCAGUGUGGCCCUAUCGGAAGAACAAAACGCUCAUGUUCGCCCACAUGCUCAUCGAGAAGGGCAUCGGUUGGUACGCGGAACUGCUCCGGCUGUCGCUGUCCGAGUCGCGCGAGAUGAAGAUCAACCCGCGCAACUGCAUCGGCACCGUGAUUGCGCUCAACGGCCACCGGAAGUACUUUUGCAUGUACCACGCCAAACACCCGGAGUCGAAUCGGGGCGCCAAGCGCAUGAUGAAAAUGACCCGGCAGCUCAGCACGAUGCCGUCGGAUCCGGAAGCCGGCGCGUUCCUCGGCAUGGACAGCUCCGACUCGGAGACGAGCACGUCGGACUUCUCGGAGCCGAAGAUCUUGCUCGAGGAGAACCUGCUGGACGGUUUGCCCAACUGGCUGGACCGGCUGUUUGAGGGUACGACCCAUCGGUACUACAUCAACUACUGGCCAGAUUUCACUUCCAAGUAAAAGUGUAAACUUUAAUGAAAUAAUUACUUGCAAAAGCCAAAGACGAGGCCAUUCUAGUAAGAAGAAGAAGACGACGGGGGCUGAACAUUUUCUGAGAUUUCUCGAAAGACACGGGCAACCAACCAAUUGUUCAUAUAUUUUGUUUCCUCUAUUGUCUAUUUGUUUUUUCGCGACGACAAUUUUUGUUGUUGAAACUAUUGUUUUUCUAGCGGAUAAGUUGGAUUGUGAGAGAAACACGAUUGUUAGAACAGUAACUUAUUUCAUUGCGUAACAAAUAUCGUUGAUUUUCACACACCAUUACGAAGAUAGAUUAUUUUUUGCUGUGACAGCAAAAGCAUUAGUGAACAUUAACGAUCUAGUCAAAUCUAACAUUUUAGAAUGUAAUAAACAAAAUAGCAUGUUUUAUAUAGAAAAAACUUUAUCUUGAUUACGGAAACGGUAGUUGGCGACACAACAAAACACACCCAUAUUGAGAUAAUUUAAGAUUGUUCUCUAUAUCUGCCAGCAGCAGGAAAAGGGGAAUGUUUCUUGUACGAGAUAAGCAAAAGAUUAAAAAAAAACUUAGAAUAUUCAAUCAGCUAUAGAACCAAUUUUUCAUCACAAAAAAAACUUUAUCGUAAGCAAAAAUCUUUUACAUUCUUGUAAGCAAAUAAAAACCUUUUCUUUCUCUCUGAA